UUCGACUGGCAACUGGAAUUGAGUCGACGAUCAUUUCCGUCUAGCGCCGAGACGAGCGAGGUCAGCAAGACAUGCAGCGGGCUAUUCCACUCUUUCCCGCGCUCUUUGCCUGCUUGCUUUGCAUCUCGGUGCUCGUUCAACUGGCCUUUGUGUUUGCGCCGCAGUCGCUCGACGCACCGUCGAAACUGCGCCGUGCGCAGCGCAUUGACGUCGUGCCGGCGCCUGCCAACUUGCAACUUGUACCGUCAUCUGCCGACUUGUCGGCGCCAACCGACCCGCAGCCUAUGCCGUCAUUUACCAACUCGCAGGCUUCACCGGCGCCUGCCGCCUCGCAGCUUGUGCCGUCAUCAACCAACGUGUUGGUGUCUCAAGCACCUACCGACUCGCAAGCUUCUCCAGCACCCACCGACUCGCAGGCUUCUCCAGCGCUUACGGACUCGCAGCUCGUGCUGUCAUUUCCCAACGUGUCGGUAUCUCUAACACCAGCCGACUCGCAGGCUUCUCGAGCGCCUACCGACUUGCCGGCACCUACAACCGACCCGCAGCCCGCCAACUCGCAGGCCUCUCCAGCACCUAUCGACGUGCUGCUGGUGUCGACAUUAAGCAACGUGCCGCCCGUGCGACCGCUUAACGACUCGGAGCUUGUGCCGUCAUCUACCAGAGUGCUGGUGUCACGAACGCCUACCAAAGCGCUGCAGGUGGUCGCGCCCCCCACCAACUUUAACCAAACCGCCUUUCAACGCGGCCAUGUCUCGCGCUUCCCACACGCGACGCGGGGCAUCGUCGUCUGCCUCUACGAGAAGAUUGCGGCCAUGGGUAUCUCGCUCAUCCAGGAUCUCCGGUUGCUCAACAACUCGCUGCCGAUUCAAGUCUACACUUGCCUUCGCUCGGAGCUGUCGGCCGCGACGCGGGCGCGCAUUCUGGCCGCCGACGUCCUCGACGCCAUCGAGAUUGUCGACGUGUGUCGGCUCUUGGUCAAGCACACGCCGUACUUGCGCCGUAUCCGGAACGCAAGAGCGUACCAGAGCUACUACAUCAAGAACGUUGCGCUAUUGCACACGCACUUUGACGACGUCAUGCUGCUGGACGCCGACGACAUCUUUUUGCGGAACCCCGACGUCCUCUGGGACACGCCGCCUUUCCAAUCGACCGGCACCCUCUUCUUUUACGACCGGCAGAUCGACUACACGCAGUUCUUCAACACGCCAUUGUCGUCCAACGAGACGGGGCUCCACAGCUUGUUUCGCGAGUUUCCCUACGCGCGCUUCAACUUGACGCGGCUUGAGCCGUCCGCGCAGCUGCGACAGUCCAAGGCGUGGCAGCACGCCACCGCGCAUGAGCAAGAUUCGUCGGUCGUGCUAGUGCGCAAGAGCCGCGUCGGACACACAAUGUUGCAAGUGCUUUGGCACCUCGUCCACGAGCUGCGGCGUGAACCCGCGUACGCUCGGUUUGGGUUGUCGUGGGGGGACAAGGAAUACUUUUGGCUGGCGUGCGCCUUGGCCAAUGCCUCGUACGCCUUCUCCGAGCACGCGGCCGCGGUCGUGUCCUUGCCCGACGACAUGGCGCUGCACAACGAGACGCUGUGCGGCAGCCUCGCGCACUACUUACCGGAAGCCAGUGCGACCCCGCCGCUGCUCUAUAUCAACGGCCAGUACAUUCUCACGCCACCGCGCCACCAAGGGAACCACAACCAGACGUCCAACAACACGGUUUGGUCCAGCGCCUCGUCGUGGGCGGCCAAAACGGAAGCACUCAUCGCAGCGAUUCCCGAGUACGUGACACCUCGCCACGCGGAGCGGACGUUUGAGCCACAUCGAGGCGGGCUCAAUGAUGCGUGCUUGAUUGGCCAAGGCGCCACGCGCAUCGACGCCGUCGGAUACCGCGAGAUUCUCAUUCGGCGCAUACAAAACACAAUGGCGGCCGCGCAAGAAUUAGACGGUAGCACAUGACGAAAUUUGAUUUAAACACACAUUUCCAACCUGAAGAUUAU